AUGCUGCUGCUGGACCUUGAAGUGCCUCCCAGUGAUGUGAUGCUGCUGCUGGAUCUUAAAGUGACCUCGUGGGGACCRGAGGCCACUCAGGACCCCGAGUGGGCGCCCGAGGCCUGGCAGGACGCGGGCCCCGAUCCCGGCGCGGGCCCCGGCGGUGCGGACCCGGCGGGGUUGUCGCUGCGGGCGGUGGCGGCGGCGGAGCGGCGGCUGGAGCGGAGCGUGGAGGCGGCGGAGCGGCGGCUGGAGCGGCUGGAGCGGCGCGUGGCGGGGCUGGAGCGCUCGGUGCGGGUCGGCGGGGCCCGGCUGGCCGCGCUCCUGCGGGACAACUCCCGCCGCCUCCGCCGCAUCCAGCGCCAGCUCCGCCGCUGCCGCUGCGGGGGGAACCGCACCGACACCGACACCGGCACGGGCAGCGGGCGGGAGCGGACACAGGUGCCAGCGGCAGGUGAGGGUGAGGCRGCUGCUCUGCCAGGGCAGGAGCUGGAGAGUGUGGACAGCCGGGAGCUCCGUGGGAUCGCCGGGAAGGGGAAUUACGAGGCCAUGGUCCCUCUUGGCUCUGAGGAUGCUGGUUCCAAACCUGCACCACUGCCACCAGCUGAGGACAGGGAGGAUCCGGGGACCCCUGGGCUGCCAGAGAAGGGAGCGGUGCUGGGACAGCUUGGUGACAGUGAGAUGAUCGUGAUCAAGACGGAAGAGCAGCAGCCACAGGAGGAAGGAACUGAGCUCCUGGCACUGCCGAUGGUGUCUGCGGUGAGGCUGGAUGAGGAGGCUCCCCUCAGCCAGGAGCAGCCAGUUUCCUGGGAGAGCCACGGCAUGGCUGGGCCAAAGGUGGCUGGAGCAGGCUUGGGGGAAUUCUGCCUGGGGGAAUUCAAGCCGGURGUGGUGCCAGUGGAGGCUCACCCUCCCCCGGGCCUGCCUUUCCCCACGGAGCACGCGCUGGGCGGGGGCACAGAGCAGCCCUUUGCCCUUGCCCAGGGAAUGCCGCUGGGGGAAGACCCCACAGCCGAGGUGGCCUCACCACAGCCCGGCUGGGAACAGCAGAGCCCUCAGGAUGAUCCCCGGGCGCUCCCGCCGGGCUGGAAGAGCGUCCGGCUGACGCGGAACCUCCUGGCGCGGCAGCAGAGCCAGGCGAGGAAGAGCAACGGCUCCUUCAUCUGCACGUCCUGCGGGAAGAGCCUGGCCCACCAUGCUGCGCUGCUGCGGCACCAGCGCCUGCACACGGGCGAGCGGCCCUUCCAGUGCCCGGCCUGCGGGAAGAGCUUCAACGAGAAGUCCAACCUCAACAAGCACUAYCGGAUCCACACCGGGGAGCGGCCGUACUGCUGCCCUGCCUGCGGCAAGGGCUUUGUGCAGAAGCACCACCUGCAGAAGCACCAACGCAUCCACGGGCCGCAGCUCCGCAGUGCGUGGCCGAGCCGGCCAGCGCGGGCCAGCGCCGCUGGGGAGCGGCUCUACCGCUGCAUCGAGUGUGCCGAGAGCUUCCCUCAGAAAGCGUCACUGGAGGAGCACCAGCGCCGGCACACCCAGCAGCGCCCCUUCCAGUGCCACGGCUGCACCAAGAGCUUCCGGCACCGGCAGUCGCUGAACCACCACCAGAAGGUGCAUGCCGUGGCCACCUCUCCAGCUGGCACCUUGCCGGGACAUGAGCCGGAGCUGGAGCCCUGCGAGGCUCUGAGCCAAGAUAAUCGGUAGCUGGAGGGCUGGAGAAGGGAAAGGACAGUGGUUCUUUGGUGGGACAGGCCAGGCGGCUGGGACUUGUGGUACUGCCAGGAGUUUGUCUGUAAUGCUGUGGGACUUGUGGCACCACCGGGGUCUCCAGGAUGAGGAGGAGGAAGAGGAGGAAGGAGGCUGCUGUUUUGUGCCGACAGGGAAGGGCCCAGGGCGGGAUGGGACUGGCCACAGGCAGCAGAGGGUCAGUGGACAGAACCGAGCUGGGUGGUGCCGCUGCCCUGUGGAUUCAGCAGAGGAACGGCUGUGUCAGAUCCCAUGGAAUGCUGGAACUUGGGUUGUUUGAACAUCACCAGUGUGGAGGGAGGUGGCCUGGGGGUGGUCAGUGGCCUGGGGGUGGUCAGUGGCCUGGGACUGGUCAGUGGCUCUGGGGGCUGGGUGGCAGGACCAGCCGGGAAGAGAAUCAGAUAAAAGACUGAGCUAAUAUGGUCUCCUGUUGUGCUCCAGGGUGGGCGAGGGGCAGACUGGAAGGUGACACUGCUCAACAGGGAUGGGGCCAUCAGGGGAGGAAUGCAGAGCUGCCUGAUGGGAAUGUGUGAUGGGAAUGUAGAGCAAUCCCACAGGAGUCCCCCACAGCAUUCUCUGUAGGAUCUGUAGGCACCACGGGACUCCCUGGCAGUGCUAAGGGACACAUCCCACCCAUGGUGGCCAGGGCCACUCUGUGCUCUGCCCUUCCCUGCUCCCCUUGGCUACUUGUUCUUCCUGGCUG